CAACCGGCACGUUUUAGUCCCACUUUUAAUUAGUUGUUGCAGUUGGGUAGAAUAGUGUGAUGUUUGAGUUAUGAUUUAGGUGCUUCCUCACAAGGACAUUGUAUUGUUAACAGUGAUAAACUCGUUUUAGUGUUUUGAUAUUAUGGUGUCAUAUUACGGACAAUCUUCAGGAAUGUAUCACCAGCAGCAAAUAACCGGUAAUGGACAUUUCCAAGCAAAUUCCCCGAUGCAUCCGUGGUACGCGUCCUACAGACAAUCGCCGCAGCUGAGUACCGCUCCGCCGGGAGCGUACUGCGUGGAACAGGAACAGCAAAUGUGGCACCAUCAUCCAGCACAUCCGCACAGUGUGUUUCAACAUGAGUUUCAGGAUUUUAUUCAUACGGUGCCGGCUUUGCAACAUCCGCAACACCAGUUAGAUCCUGAAAGUCAACUUCCUUCGCCGCCGAUCACCGGAAGUGAUAUGUCUAGUCCUGGUGGUCAGAAUGGGAAUCUAUCGCCGCAACAGAAUCAGAGCAGGCCUCAGGCGGCUAGGAGCCCUUAUGAAUGGAUUAAAAAAACGUCAUAUCAAUCUCAACCCAAUCCUGGUAAAACGAGAACGAAAGACAAAUAUAGGGUUGUAUACACGGACCAUCAACGAAUAGAACUUGAAAAAGAAUUCACAUUCAACAACAAAUAUAUCACUAUCCGUCGAAAAUCUGAACUUGCCUCCAAUCUCGGUCUCUCGGAACGUCAAAUUAAAAUCUGGUUCCAAAAUCGGAGAGCGAAAGAACGGAAACAGAAUAAGAAACGCGUCGAGGAAAAAGGACAAAUAGACAUCGUGACCAACGGACAAUCUUACCAACAAAAUAUAAUCAACCAACACCCACAAAUAAUGCAUAAUAUGGACAUGCAUGGGCAUGGGCAACAGACUAUCCUUCCAAACGUCGUACCUCCCCCCUCGUCUGUAGUGAUGCAACGUUUCAUGGACACGAAUCAUGCGAUGAAACUUGAAAGCAGUGAAAGUGAUCAGUUAGGUUAAAGUGAUAAUAGUGUUGAUAAAAACAAACUUGUACAUAACUAUUUUUUUUUUCGUUGUUUGUAUGAAAGUACCGAUACCGGUUCAGGAUUAAUUCAGUCCUUGUUUUUUUUUUAGUCCUUAUUGUU